GCGCCCGCUGGCAACAAACGAUCUUUGCGGCGAACAUGGACGCCGCCACAUGAAAGUCAGGCCGUGACCGAGUCGGACGGAUCCACUCCGCUGGAGCUUCGCCCGAUGGAGCCCGAGCAGCAGCAGCUGAGGAGUCUGCGAGACUUCCUGCUGGUCUACAACCGCAUGACGGAAGUGUGCUUCCAGCGGUGCUCCAGCAACUUCAACUACAGGACCCUGACCCUGGACGAGGUCCAGUGUGUGGACAACUGUGCCGGGAAGCUGAUCCGCUCCAACCACCGCAUCAUGGAGACGUACGUGCGCUUGAUGCCGCGCAUGAUGCAGCGGCGGAUGGAGGAGAUGGAGAGCAAAGCGGCGGCGGCGGCGGCUCUGGCCCCUCCCGAGGCGCCUGUCAGCCCAGGGACCGGGUCGGACCUGCCUCCAGUCACCGGUGCCGCGGACUCCUCUGGUCCUGCCGCCGUCAGCCAACCCUCCAGCGGAGCGUCGUAGAAGCUGCCCUGGUGUCAGACUGAGCCGCUCGGGUCGGAACCGGACCGGACCAGAGCAGACUGCAGUGGAGUGCUGGUCCGCCCCAGACGGGGAGGUGGCGCCGUGUUUGUGGACAGUGCCACCCUCUUGUUCUGAGGCAGAAGCUCGUCUGUUUCAGCUCUGCAAAGGUCCAGUGGCACCGAAACAAGGAGAGCAGCGGCGUUUGAAGAGCUGUCACCUCACCGGCACAGUCAGCCGACAUGAAACCCUGUCAGUGAGGACCUGUGUGAUCAGCCGUGUGCGUGAAUAAACCUCAGAGACGCGUCCUGCUCUUUGGCUUCUGAUCC